AUGUAGUCUACUUUUAAAAAUAGAACACGCCCAGCCCAAAACACAGUGUGUUGGGUACAACAGCGAGUCACGGCAUUCAUUUUGUGGAAAAACCUGGAGAGAAAAAUAACAUCAGGACAACCAUGGUGAUACCCAGUUUCACGUCACCUCUGGAUUGUCUCAUCAGUCUGUGGUUCGGGAUUCUACUGGUAACCACAGCAGCAACUGAAACAGGCUAUUUUGACUGCCGAAGGCCCGGCCAGAACCUAUGCAUUGCCAACAACGGUGUCUGUAACACGAAAGGGGCGUGCGACUGUCCAACAGGCUGGAGCGGGUUCAUGUGUCACGUUGAUAACGCGAAUAUCUCGUCACCAUGCAUCCAACCGUGUUCGGAUAACGGAGUGUGCGUAACAGAGGACGGUGCACUAGUCUGCAAGUGUAACGCUGAAAGAGUUGAUAUUUUGCCGAAUUGCGUUGUCUUACGAUACGUCGUGAACUGUGAUUCAUCCAGCAUGUUCCUUAAAAUAUAUCCCUUGGGUGUUUUCGGUGGAUUUAUCUUCGUAAAGGGACACCAGUCAUCUUGCCAGAUACCGUCUAACAACAUUCUAUUUAUUUUCCACACAGACACUGACUGUGGAAAUGCGAUAUCAAGAGUUGAGGGCAACAAGACGCGAUUCUCGCGGGUGAUCUACAUCCAGUAUGACCAGGCGUUUUUGUCGAGCAUUGACGAGGUAGUCGAAGUGGUUUGUGUAAUUCCGGGUCCAACAGUUGGGACGGUCACUUCUGUUAAACUUGGCAGCCUGCCAGAAGGGUCAGCUGUGGUUAACGGCCCUGGGACCUACGCUGUUACUGCAGGAGGCGACCUGAACCCAUUGCGCCUGUCAGUGAAGAAAGGCGGAAGUCAGGUGACAGACAACACACCAAUCAAAAUUGGCACCGUGUUGCACCUCGAACUGAAUGUAUUCCCAGAGUCAGAUUUUGAAGACUUUCUGGUCAAGAGUCUGACUGUUGAGAACAACAAAGCGGGAGAAGAACUGAAAACCGUGCCUAUCAUCUCAAAUGGCUGCCAUCUUGGUGGUGAUGUCAUACCGGAAGGGGUACGUCAGGUGGGCAGCCUAAAAACCGACUUCACGUUUACAGCAAUCAAAUUCACGAAUUCUCAAGACAUCAAAAUCAAAUUUGAUGUUAAAAUGUGCGUAAAAGGUGAUACUUCCGGCUGCACGGCUACUUGUGGAAAACGAAGAAAACGAGAUGUAGGAUCAUCUGAUACUAAAACCAUUGAAGUGGUUAUGAACAUCUGGUCUAAUACCGGAAAUGUGAAACAGGACGACACUAUCAAUACCGACAAUGGCCGCAAAGAACCAUCCGGAAUUGACGCCGACUCUAAUAAUAAUAACGGUGGGGUAAGACCCGAAGAUGACACAAAGGCGAAGGACGAUGAUCUAGGAUUCAGUUUUCUAGGACUCAGUGGCGGCGUCUUGGCAGGCGUCGUCGCAAUCAGCGUUCUAAUCGUAAUCGUCGUCAUCAUCGUCGUCGUGUUCACGUGGCGUGUUCUGUACAGGAGGAAAGACGUGAAGAAAAGCGAAAACAUUUCUUAGCUGUACGGACAGAAAUACGAUUUAAAAUGGCCACCCGUAUAAUGCACACACCUUUCUUAAGAGGCCACAUUUUUGUUUGUGGGGCCUAAUUCACUAAAGUCUCGCAACUUUGCGAUCUCGCAGUACAACGCUAAAAUACUUGCAAAGUGGAUGCUUUGUUGUCUAGCAGAUCCCAAGAGAACUUUGUGAAUUAGGCCCCUGGUCGAUUAACCAUUCAUUUGUCAAUAGUUGAUACUAACAGAUUGAGAAAGCAUCAACUCAUGAACCUUUACACUUUUCAUAACUACUAUUAUCCUGUUCAAUUAUUUAGACCCAAAGUUUUUUGCAAAUGUUACAUUUAUUUCCUAUUCGAUAUUUGUUUUCUUUGCAUUUACAUGAAAACA